GUGAACCGUUACGCAGCUGGUCCACCGCGGGCGGAGAACAAACGGCUAUGCCAAGGGAUCCUGCACGCAUGCGUGGAGCUGGACCGUCAGCGUGCGUGUGACGUCAACUGCGCGCCCGCCUAAACUCUUCCUAGGGUUCUUUCUAGAGUACGGGUGAGUGAAAUUUGUAAGGUUUGGUGUGUUCAUUUGAGUGGGUGCCAGACGUAACGGGCCCGGGAUUGAAUUAGUUUAGAUCAAAAUUUGAUGUAAUUAUCGCAGAGAAACGCUUUCUUACGAGUGUUUAUCUCGAGCCUGCUGUGUUCCGCGUCUUUCUUGGUGUUUUGGGAGAAGCAGACAGGAGUUAAGUCCAAGUCCCCGCCCUCACAGAGCUCAGGUGGCUUGGGGGAAGGUUGGUGCGCAAACAUUAAAAUUAGAUAUCGACACUAGUGAGUGUCCCCGUCAAGAGGUCUGUGAAAUAAGGUUGAGCCUACGAUGCAGAAGUUAAUCUCACAGCAAGUUGUCAAAUUCCCUAGUUGAAUUUGCUUUGGACAUCAGUGUGAAGCAGAACUGAUAUGCCACUUGAAUUAAUAAAGGAAGUCAAUGGGGUGCCUGAAGUUCAGCCGCUGAGUGAAUUACAUAAAGUAGAUUUCGGAUCCCUACAGCCAGGUUACAAUUAUAGCAAGAAAUAUAUUCAGGGAAAACUUUCACUUAUCUCUUCUUUAACUUAUCGUGGAAAUAAAACAGCUGUUUUGCAGAUUGGACUACAAGGACACCAUUGCAGUGGCUAGAUAUUAUUGUUUUUUUAGCUUCUUCAUCUACAAGCAGAGAUGGUAAACCUUGCAUAUUUUUGAAAGCAUUUGAAGACCUCAAAUCAACUGUUUAUGUUUAUGUCAAAUCUUUAAGAGAUUUUUCUACAGAAUCAAUGUCUUUGGUUCCAGCAACAAAUUAUAUAUAUACACCCCUGAAUCAACUUAAGGGUGGUACAAUUGUCAAUGUCUAUGGUGUUGUGAAGUUCUUUAAGCCCCCAUAUCUAAGCAAAGGAACUGAUUAUUGCUCAGUUGUAACAAUUGUGGACCAGACAAAUGUAAAACUAACUUGCCUGCUCUUUAGUGGAAACUAUGAAGCCCUUCCAAUAAUUUAUAAAAAUGGAGAUAUUGUUCGCUUUCACAGGCUGAAGAUUCAAGUAUAUAAAAAGGAGACUCAGGGUAUCACCAGCUCUGGCUUUGCAUCUUUGACGUUUGAGGGAACUUUGGGAGCCCCUAUCAUACCUCGCACUUCAAGCAAGUAUUUUAACUUCACUACUGAGGACCACAAAAUGGUAGAAGCCUUACGUGUUUGGGCAUCUACUCAUAUGUCACCAUCUUGGACAUUACUAAAAUUGUGUGAUGUUCAGCCAAUGCAGUAUUUUGACCUGACUUGUCAGCUCUUGGGCAAAGCAGAAGUGGACGGAGCAUCAUUUCUUCUAAAGGUAUGGGAUGGCACCAGGACACCAUUUCCAUCUUGGAGAGUCUUAAUACAAGACCUUGUUCUUGAAGGUGAUUUAAGUCACAUCCAUCGGCUACAAAAUCUGACAAUAGACAUUUUAGUCUACGAUAACCAUGUUCAUGUGGCAAGAUCUCUGAAGGUUGGAAGCUUUCUUAGAAUCUAUAGCCUUCAUACCAAACUUCAAUCAAUGAAUUCAGAGAAUCAGACAAUGUUAAGUUUAGAGUUUCAUCUUCAUGGAGGUACCAGUUACGGUCGGGGAAUCAGGGUCUUGCCAGAAAGUAACUCUGAUGUGGAUCAACUGAAAAAGGAUUUAGAAUCUGCAAAUUUGACAGCCAAUCAGCAUUCAGAUGUUAUCUGUCAAUCAGAACCCGACGACAGCUUUCCAAGCUCUGGAUCAGUAUCAUUAUACGAGGUAGAAAGAUGUCAACAGCUAUCUGCUACAAUACUUACAGAUCAUCAGUAUUUGGAGAGGACACCACUAUGUGCCAUUUUGAAACAAAAAGCUCCUCAACAAUACCGCAUCCGAGCAAAAUUGAGGUCAUAUAAGCCCAGAAGACUAUUUCAGUCUGUUAAACUUCAUUGCCCUAAAUGUCAUUUACUGCAAGAAGUUCCACAUGAGGGCGAUUUGGAUAUAAUUUUUCAGGAUGGUGCAACUAAAACCCCAGAUGUCAAGCUACAAAAUACAUCAUUAUAUGAUUCAAAAAUCUGGACCACUAAAAAUCAAAAAGGACGAAAAGUAGCAGUUCAUUUUGUGAAAAAUAAUGGUAUUCUCCCACUUUCAAAUGAAUGUCUACUUUUGAUAGAAGGAGGUACACUCAGUGAAAUUUGCAAACUCUCGAACAAGUUUAAUAGUGUAAUUCCUGUGAGAUCUGGCCACGAAGACCUGGAACUCUUGGACCUUUCAGCACCAUUUCUUAUACAAGGAACAAUACAUCACUAUGGAUGUAAACAGUGUUCUAGUUUGAGAUCCAUACAAAAUCUAAAUUCCCUGGUUGAUAAAACUUCGUGGAUUCCUUCUUCUGUGGCAGAAGUACUGGGUAUUGUACCCCUCCAAUAUGUGUUUGUUAUGACCUUUACACUUGAUGAUGGAACAGGAGUACUAGAAGCCUAUCUCAUGGAUUCUGACAAAUUCUUCCAGAUUCCAGCAUCAGAAGUUCUAAUGGAUGAUGACCUUCAGAAAAGUAUGGAUAUGAUCAUGGAUAUGUUUUGUCCUCCUGGAAUAAAAAUUGAUGCAUAUCCGUGGUUGGAAUGCUUCAUCAAGUCAUACAAUGUCACUAAUGGAACAGAUAAUCAAAUUUGCUAUCAGAUUUUUGACACCACAGUUGCAGAAGAUGUAAUCUAAUAUUGCCAUCCAAUUUAGCAUACAUAAAAUGUUGCCACUCACCUUCCCUGUUUGAGCCUCUUUUCCUGCCCUGAGUUUUGUAUCAGCAAUGUUGAUGAUGUUAGCAUGGGUAUGGGAUUAGAAAAUGUCCUUACCUUAAAUCUCUUGGCUUUUACUGGAUGCAAGGUAAAUAAUGGCUAUGGAUUUUGUUUUGCUUUCUGUUUUGCUUUUGUACAAAGAGACCUGCUUAAACAAGUACUGCUGAGAUAAGUGUUUGUCUGAUCAAGCUACAGUGUACUUUAAGUAGAAAUGGCAAAGUUGCUUUGUUGGGGUGCUGAUACUGAUGACUUUAGGAUAAAUUCAUUUCUUUAAACUUGUAAUACAUGGUUUUAUUGCUUGUUUCUCUCCAGGAUAGUAGAGAUUUCUCUAUUUCACCUCAACCUAAUAAAAGUGGUCAGAUUUAUAAUGUUAAUGACUUAAUAUUAUCCUUUUCUAAUAGUCUCAUGUAAAAUAUGCCGCUAUUACAACUUACAACUAAUUGAAUGAGAUGUUAACUUAGUAAAAUAGUUUGAUUUUUACCUGACAGUGUUUGUCAAAUUUAAAAUCAUGAAUAUUCAAUUUUAUACAAACAUUUAUAUAUAGAUAGAUAGAUAGAUAGAUAGAUAGAUAGAUAGAUAGAUAGAUAGAUAGAUUUGUGUAUGUUAUUUGCCAAAGACAGAUAUAAAUUACCGGUUUAAUAUUAGUGAAGAAUAAAUAAGUGCACACAUUU